AUGGAACUUUGUUACUCUCCACASCAAUCCAACAUCACCUCAUAUGGAGCCACGUUUGUAGUCAUCACCACCAUUGAGGCAUUUGCUGGCAUGUGGAUAAAUGCUUUCAUUGUUUGUGUGCUCUGCAUAGCCUGGGUCAAAAAGAAAACCCUGAACUCUAAUGAGAAGAUCUUGCUGCUUCUUGGAKGUUCCAGGUUUUGCUUUUUGGGCUCCUCAUGGAUAUAUUCCUUCCUUUCAAUAAUUUAUCCCAAUUACAUUCAUGUUCACAUUACAUUUCAACUAAUUCUGUCUUUUCAAAGCUUUUUUAAUUUUUCCAACUUGUGGGUUUCUGCCUCUCUUUGUGGUUUUUAUUGUAUAAAAAUUGCCAAUUUCAGGAACAGCUUCUUCAUCUACCUGAAAGUUAAAAUUGACAGGAUUGUGCCAUGGCUCCUGUUGGGGUCAGUGCUUUCAGCCUUGGCUAUYGUCAUCACUGCCUACUCCAUCACUGAAAAUGUGCAUGACAGCCACAAUUUCACCUGYCUUGGAAAUUUUUGGGAAGCAAAUAUUAGAAUGGAUAAAUAUUUUUUCCCUCUUUAUUUUCUCGUGGGCGUCGAAUAUGCUGCUCCAUUCAUUGCAGUCAUAUUUUCUACUGUUUUCCUUCUCUUUUCUCUCUGGAGGCACAAAUGCAACAUGCAGACAAACUCCAUGARCAGCCUCAGCAUGGAUGCCCACAUCAAAGCCAUGAAAUCUAUUCUCUCCUUCUUAGUCAUGUACAGCAUUAACUUUGUUUGUUUGAUCUUCACUAUAAUUUAUACCAAGAAGAGUGAAAAUACGAUGAUACUUCUUAUAUCCAUAUAUCUGUAUGCUUUUCCAGGUGUUCAUUCCCUUAUUCUGAUUUUCAGCAAUCCCAAGCUGGAAAAGGCACUGUUAAAGAUUCUCUCCYGUGUGAAGUGCAAGAUUUUCAUGAAGUAG